UCGACGGUCACUUCAAUCGUGAAUACGCUUUGGCAGCGCGCAUAUCGACGAACGGCAUAUUUUUUUUAACACUGCGAGGCGAGCUUCUUAUUCUCCCCUCUGUUUUCGUGUGUGUGUGUCUGUGUUUUUGGUGUAUAUUAGUGCUACUGCCUGUGCGUAUGUUUGUGUGGUAUAUUGGCAAAGGAAAUUAGCACAACAAAAGCGAAAAGGAAACGACCACGCACGCACCUCUCGUCACGCGGAUAAAACUCUUCGAUCCGUUCCGAUCAGAAAACGCCAAUAGAGAACAAUCAAAAAAUUGCAAUGUCGUCCGAAGUGGAAUCGCAGCAAAGCCAGGAGACGAACGGUACCAGUAAAUUUGAUGUGCCCGAGAUAGAACUGAUCAUAAAGGCCUCGACCAUCGAUGGCCGGCGGAAGGGCGCCUGUUUGUUCUGUCAGGAGUACUUCAUGGACUUGUAUCUGCUGGCCGAACUGAAGACGAUCAGCCUGAAGGUGACGACGGUGGAUAUGCAGAAGCCACCGCCAGAUUUCCGUACCAAUUUCGAGGCCACACACCCGCCCAUCCUGAUUGACAAUGGAUUGGCCAUUCUGGAGAACGAGAAGAUCGAAAGGCAUAUCAUGAAGAACAUCCCGGGUGGUUAUAAUUUGUUCGUUCAGGAUAAGGAGGUGGCCACGUUGAUUGAGAACCUGUAUGUUAAGUUGAAGCUGAUGCUGGUGAAGAAGGACGAGGCCAAGAACAAUGCCCUGCUCACGCAUCUGCGCAAGAUCAACGAUCACCUGUCCACGCGCAACACCCGUUUCCUUACCGGCGACACCAUGUGCUGCUUCGAUUGUGAGCUGAUGCCACGCCUCCAGCACAUCCGUGUGGCGGGCAAGUACUUCGUGGACUUUGAGAUCCCGAAGCACUUGACGGCGCUGUGGCGCUACAUGUAUCACAUGUACCAGCUGGACGCCUUCACACAAUCGUGCCCGGCCGACCAGGACAUCAUCAAUCACUACAAGCUGCAACAGAGUCUCAAAAUGAAGAAGCACGAGGAGCUGGAGACGCCCACGUUUACCACAUCCAUUCCAAUUGAUAUUUCGGAGUAGGUUUCCUAUGCAGAGCAGAGCAGAGCCAUGCAGCCACACAACACAUCAGCUUAUAAAACUAGUAUACUACAGCAACUACAAUAUUUUGGACAACUUUACACAACAGCAGCAACUCUGAGGACUAUACAUAGAUGUAUACUUAACUAACUACCCAUGCAUAUAUUAUAUAUAUAUAUGUAUAUAUAUACCUACUAUAUAUAACGAGUACAUAACAAGCAUAACGAAAAGUGUUCUUUUAAGCAGCCACGUUGCCUUUCUUCAGCUAUGCUUAAAAUUAAAAACCUAUUUAAAACACAAUUCAAUACCAAUCAGCAACCAACCGAGCAGGCUUUGACUAACUUUGACCGCCUGCAUAUGUAUUUUUGUUUAAUAUUAUUAUAUAUAUUGAAAACAUUUGUAUUUGAUAUACAAAUGCCAAGGCAAACGCAUAUGAAUAUAUAUAGAUAUAUAUAUAGCUCGCUGUCAAUUAAAAUUUAUUGAUGGCCUGGAAGGUCCGCUUCUCGGUCCUUUUGUUUAUUUUCUAUUAUUUUUUAUUCUGCAAGGAGCUUUUUUUUUUUGUAUUUAAAGACAAAUUUGUAUUUUUUUUAUUGCGAAAUUAUGAUUUUGAUUUUUUUUAUCGCUCCCUGGCGCAAGUUUGCCAUUUUGUUCGCUUUUAAUUUUUAUUUAAAUAUUUUUAUCAUAACAAGAAAAACAAACAAAAAAAAAACAAGAGAAACGAAAAUUAGAAGAGGAAAUGAAGAGUAUUUUUUGUAUUUAAGUGAAAAAUUACAAAUAAAAAACACAAAAAGACAA